GGCUGCUCACCUUAGGCAAAAGAACUUGAGAAAAUUUCAAUUUAUUCAGUUGCCAAACCUUUUAAUCACCACACACGAGUGAAAAGAUUUCUUGAAAAAAUAAGCAAACGAAAAAUUAGACAAAUUUUUGCUAAACAGAUUAUUAAGUUUUAAAAAAAAUAUUUAGAACCGAAUAAAGUACAAAUGGCACUUUUGCCAAGCAGCUAUUAUCGCGAUCUUGCGCGUGAAUUCGAUCGUCCACGCUAUUAUCCACCGUACGAUUUUCAUUUGUAUCCCUACCUUUGGGAUGAUCCGCGUCUUUUGUGGCCCUCUAGUUCGCUGCUAAGACCAAUGGAUGAAUUAGUAACGCGUCGUGUACGUAAUCAAUAUAUUCAAAAUCAUCUACUGGACUGGUCGUAUCCCCUGGUCUGGGAUAAUUUCUACAAUGGUGAACGAGUACGUAUCGAUGAAAAGGGCUUCCAAGUUAAUAUCGAUGUCAGCCAAUUUAGGCCUCAUGAGAUUGAGGUAAAGACCAAUGAUGAUUAUGUCAUUGUAGAGGGUAAGCAUGGCAGACGUACGGACAGUGGCAAUAGUUAUGUGGAACGUCGUUUUCUACGCAAAUAUCUUUUGCCCAGAGGCUUUAAUCCCAACGAUGUUAUUUCGGAUUUAUCCACAAAUGGUUAUUUAACCAUAAAAGUUCCACCACCACCACCGCCUAAAAAAACAUUUACUUCUGGCGAACGUCAGGUGAAAAUCCAUGAAACGGGAAAAUAUGCUAUACCUUGGAAAUAAUUAAUCACUCGACAUGAAUAGAUGGAUAGCAUAGAGAGAGAGAAAGAGGCAUAACGAAAUGAUUAAAAAAUAUUCUAUUGGCAGAGGCAGCAUUGGUGAAAUCAGUGAACAAUGAAAAGUGCAAGUGGAUGUGUAUUAAAAAUUGAAUAAUUUAUUUACAUUUUCAUUAACCUUUGUAUCUUCUUUGGGGCUCGUUAAGGUUACAAUUCUUAAUAAUAUUUCAAGAUGUUUAUGUUCAGUAAAUUCUAAAAUAUACUCUGUGCAUCAUUUAGUUGAAAUUAAUAAAAUUUGUGAAAAUAAAAUUUAUUUUAAAAGGAAAUUAUAUUUUAAGAUUUCUUUAAAAUGUAUUAAAAUUUAAAACACAGGUUAAAAUAUAUUUCAUAUUUAACUAAAAAUAAAUAAAAAUUAUAAAUUUCUUUAAAGGAUCUCUCAAGGGUUAAUAAACAAAUAGACAAACGAAUAAAA